UACCUAACGUUUAAACUUAGUUAUCAGCCAUUCCCAGCGGUGGUAUAAGUCGUAAAAUGGAUUUAGCAACAGCGCACUGGCUGAUUUUGAUAGUUGCCCUUCGUGGGAUUCGAAAUGCCUAUUCUACCCCGGAUGAAUCACAAGUCAACGUCUCAGGCAAAUGCAUACCCACAUCCACAAAUCCGGUUGAGAUAAGGGAUUGCAACAUCACCACCAUCGAUGCAGACUGUUUGGCUCCGUUCGGCUGGAUCACAACGCUCGACAUGAGCUUCAAUAGGCAGUUUGAUUUCCCUCCGGAUGGGCGUCCUUUUUUGCAUCACGCGCGGCUAAUGUUUUACCAUUGCGAGUCUUGCGGUAUCACCACGAUACACGAGCGAACCUUUGCGAAACUUCGUCAGCUGAUGGUGCUGAAUUUGCGCUCGAACGAAAUAACGACGGUUCAUACGGACGCCUUCAGUUACUGCAACUUGGGUUACCUGAAUCUGGCGAACAACCAAAUUGAGCAGUUCAACAAGUGGCACAAGCUGGAGAAAGUACACCAUUUGAUGACGCUCGAUAUUAGCGGAAAUCGACGUUUGAAUUUGAAUGAUUUGGCUGGUGAUUUUCGCAGUCUUAGCUGGGUGUUAUGUAGAGAAUGCGGACUGAGCAGACUCGAUGGGCGUUGGUUUAAACUAGCGAUUCGACUCGAGAAGCUAGAUUUGGCAAAUAACUUCAUUGAAAUAGUGCCGAAAGAUAACUUCAUAGAACAUCAUCGAUUGACCAAUAUGAAUCUUAACCACAAUCCGUUGCAGUUUCUAGAUUUUGCCAAUGAAAGGUUAGAAAUAUUGUCAUGUGUUGGUUGUAAUUUAACAAAGCUCACCAUAGAAUCCGUUCAAUAUUUACCCAGCUUGAAAAGUCUUGAUUUGCGUAAUAACAAAAUUGCAACGGUAAACCCACUGUCACUCUUUCACAAUAAAGAACUGAAGAAACUACUAUUGGAUAACAAUCUGCUCGUGGACUUCCCCGAGGAAGUCUUACGAACAACAAAGUCCCUGGAAACUCUUUGUUUGGAUAAUAACUACUUCCAACCGAAUCGCACAUUUACGGAUUUCAAGCUUCUCUAUAAGUCAAUGAAACUUCGGAACGACUGUGCAGCUGGACCUGAUCAUCGAUACCACUUCGAGCGGUUUACACCCGAUUUCUUAGAGCAAGGGAUCUCUUUGUAUUCGAGCGAUCUUCUCGAGUGUAGCGAGAACGUUAACAUAUCCUACCGAAACGUAGUUCUAAUUGAGCCGAUGGUAUAUGCAAAUUGUGCCCUGCUAAAAUCAUUGGAAAUGGACGGAAAUCCAAAAUUCUUGUUUUACCAGAAUCAUCCCUUCCUCCACAGCGAAUCACUGGAAGUGUAUUCUUGUAAACAUUGUGGAAUAACUGCCCUUUAUAGUGAUACAUUUACGGAGCUUCCUGAGUUGAAGUCACUGUUACUUCAGGAGAACCCCUUGAAGAGAUUAUAUUCAGUGGACAUAUUCGAAAGGAAUCCAAAACUGGAGAUUCUUAGGUUGGAUCAUAAUCAACUGCAAGAGAUGAGCGCACUGAUUCUACACAACCAGGAGUCAUUUAAAACAGUCAACGUCAGUCACAACUCGUACCUUUCGUUCAACUUGAGCCUGUAUUUCAUUGAUCAGCCAUCGGUCUCGGUCUUUCAUGGGGUGAGUUGUGCCAUCACGCAGAUAACCCGUUACAGUUUCAGCAUGAUGCCGAACCUAAUGGAAAUUUACCUCUCGGAAAAUCCUAUUGCCACGAUCGAUUCGGAAGCUUUUAGAAAUAACCAACAACUGCGAAUACUGUAUCUGGCGCGAACACAGCUGCGAGUCUUCCCGGUCGAUGCCGUGAACCAUCUUCAGCAACUGGCGGUGUUGUGUCUUUACGGGCUGGACCGGUAUGAGGUGGACAAUGCAGACAAUAAAGGAAAUAAUGCGGAACUAAGCGAGCUUUUCAGCAGCAGAAAGUUACACUGUAAGGCUGGCGAAUGGUUCAUCUCUAGAUUAGUCCCCACAUCUGGAGCGGGCAGUCAAGGGCUUCCGAGUGAAGUGAUAAGCCAUCGAUUAUCCGUCUUUCCCACCGUUGGAAGCCAAGAGCUCAUGAGUAUGUCAGCCAAUAGCGGUGAAACAACGGUCCGUAUGAUUUUGUUGGUAACAAAUGUCGUUCUCCUCUUCGCAUGGCUAUGAAGCUGUGGACCAAUUAUGGAGUAUCUAACUUCGCAAUCUGAUAUCUCGCACAGGACUAGCAGAAAAACUAACGCUCAGCUCCGUUAAGGGUUAUUCCGAAAUGGACACAAAAAAGUAAAACUUCUACGCAUUUCUUAAAAGAAAAAGUCAAAUAUUUAAUUCAAAUGAGUUGAUGAAGUUGAUGCCAUUUGACGCUGCAAAAAUAUUUCUCUUUAUUCAGGAAAGAAAUGGAUUUCGCCAUUUCGCACAUUUUAGAAUUAAAAACCAUGACACUUUUUUUAGAAAUUAAGAACAAACGAUAGACCGAAAAAAACAAUUCAAAGUUUAAUGAACAGCUUCUGGGAUGGAAGCCGGCAUACAGAAGAA